CUCUGUCUCUGAUUCUCUGAUUCUGUGAUGCUCCUCACCUGCCCGUCAUCACUGUGACUGCAGGCGGCUCAGUCUGCGCGUCCAUUGGCGUGACGCUUAGAGGAGCGGGGUUGGGUUUGGAGCCUGCGGCUGCAGAGGGAGUCUGAGGGAUGAAGGCUGACAGGAUGCAGCUUCGCCUCAGCGGGCCUCAACCCUCCAUCCUCCCGGCGAUGCGCUGUGCGUUAUGACGCCAGGCCGUUUGACGAGUGCAUAACGUGGGACUGGCAGAGCAGCACAUUAGCCUGGACCCCCGUUAUGUAACGCAUCGGAUGCUGCUGCUGCACGGCAGAGCGUUGCAGGGGAAAAGACUGACGGAUGGCUGAUUUAGUUACAGAUAACGGUGAGUUGGCUUAUGACUGAGCGUACAUACGUCAUGCUGUCGGCAAGUACAAUGAUAUUUGUAAAUCGCUGGAGUGCAGUAUGAUUAAGCCCGUCUGGGCAUCAGUGGCCUAUCCCUGAGGUGCACAGACGUCUGGAGCCUGCGGAAGCUGCACAGCCUUUUCUUUUAGCCGAGGCGCGUCUCUGUUUAAAUCCGUCCGACAUCAGUGGAAAUAAACCAAUGCGGGUUUGUUUCAGAGAGGAAACAGGUUCACAUUUUGUUCUCCAUCGCACUGGUUUAAUCCAGCAGCCACUGAGCUGUGGUAUAAACAAUGGCGGGUCCCGAGCAGUCCCAGCAGCAGCAGCAGGUAGAGGAGAAGGCAGAGCACAUAGAUGAUGCUGAGAUGGCCCUGCAAGGUAUUAACAUGCUGCUCAACAACGGAUUCAAAGAAAGCGACGAGCUUUUCAGGAGAUACAGGACCCACAGCCCUCUGAUGAGCUUUGGGGCCAGUUUCGUCAGUUUCCUGAAUGCCAUGAUGACAUUUGAGGAGGAGAAGAUGCAGACGGCCUGUGACGACCUGAGGACCACUGAGAAACUGUGUGAGAGCGACAGCGCCGGAGUCAUAGAGACAAUCAGAAACAAGAUUAAAAAAAGUAUGGACUCCCAGAGGUCAGGCGUUGUGGUCGUGGACCGCCUACAGAGACAGAUUAUUGUUGCUGACUGUCAGGUGUACCUCGCCGUGCUCUCCUUCGUCAAGCAGGAACUUUCAGCUUAUAUCAAAGGAGGCUGGAUUCUUCGUAAGGCGUGGAAAAUGUACAAUAAGUGCCACAGUGACAUCAGCCAGCUGCAGGAGGCCUGUCAGAGGAGGUCCUCUGUCCACCAGGAGUCCCUCUCAACGGACAACGCCAACCACAACGCGCCAGUGGAGAACGCCGUGACGCCCGAGGCCCUGGACCGGCUCAAGGGCUCCGUCAGCUUCGGCUACGGCCUCUUCCACCUGUGCAUCUCCAUGGUACCACCACACCUGCUCAAGAUUAUCAACCUGCUGGGUUUCCCUGGUGACCGUCUCCAGGGCCUGUCCUCUCUUAUGUAUGCGAGUGAGAGCAAGGACAUGAAGGCACCACUAGCUACGUUGGCCCUCUUGUGGUACCACACAGUAGUGCUGCCUUUCUUUGCUCUGGAUGGUUCUGAUACACAUGAGGGGCUGCUGGAAGCCAAAGCUAUUCUGCAGAGAAAGUCGGUGGUUUACCCCAACUCAUCCCUCUUCAUGUUCUUUAAAGGACGGGUUCAGAGGCUAGAGUGCCAUAUCAACAGUGCUUUGGCCUGUUUCCAUGAUGCAUUAGAGCUUGCAUCAGACCAAAGAGAGAUCCAGCAUGUGUGUCUCUAUGAGAUUGGUUGGUGUAGCAUGAUAGAGAUGAAUUUUGAAGAUGCAUACAGGUCGUUUGAAAGGCUGAAGAAUGAGUCGCGUUGGUCGCAGUGCUACUAUGCCUACUUGACCGGAGUGUGUCAGGGUGCUUCAGGUGACCUGGAUGGAGCAAGUGGUGUUUUCAAAGACGUGCAGAAGCUGUUCAAGAGAAAAAACAACCAAAUAGAGCAGUUUGCUGUCAAAAGGGCUGAGAGAUUGAGAAAGACUUCGCCCACCAGAGAGCUGUGCAUCCUCGGUGCAAUUGAAGUGCUGUAUCUGUGGAAAGCGCUUCAAAACUGCUCCUCAUCUAAACUGCAGAUAAUGAAUCAGGUGUUACAGAGCUUAGAUGAAGCUUCGUGCAGAGGCCUGAAACACCUCCUUCUGGGUGCCAUUCACAAAUGUCACGGAAAUAUGAGAGAUGCUGUGCAGGCAUUCCAGCUGGCUGCUAGAGAUGAGUACGGACGACAGAUCAACUCAUAUGUUCAGCCUUAUGCCGUCUAUGAGCUCGGAUGUAUACUCCUUGCCAAACCGGAGACAGUGGGAAAGGGGAGAUCAUUGCUACUUCAAGCAAAGGAGGAUUUUACAGGCUAUGAUUUUGAGAACAGGCUUCAUGUCCGCAUCCAUUCAGCCCUGGCUUCUUUGAAGGAAGUAGUGCCUCAGUGACUCCAGGAAAGGAAGCUACAAUGGCUCAAGCUAUGCCCAUGGCUUUUUGAACCAAGUUUUAAGUCAUUCAAAAUAACUGUAUGACAUCCCAGUGAACAGAGUCCUGUGGUUUUCAUUCUUAAAGAAUUUGGGGAGAUACACUUGUUUCUCAUCUUACCCAGUCAGAUUGAUAUGAAGUGUCAUCUCUGUGCAUUUUGUACAGAGUUACUGUAUACUGUAUGUGGGUAUCCACAAAGUAAUGGAAAUGGAUAGCCUAGCUAUGGCUAGCAAGUUAAAAAAAAACUACGCCUAAAAACUCCAAAGCUAUGAUACCGGUACAGACACCAAGCUAGUGGAUACAUCCACCUGGAAGGCCCACUAAUGGGACCGCACUGUUGAGAAGCAGCAUGCCACAGAGCAGUUUUUGGUGAAAAAUAGCUCUAGCUGCUUGUAAAACCACAAGGUCAAAGUUUUUUUUUGCAUUUCUGUUUUAUGGCGUGUUCAUAAACAGUAUACCCUGUAUAAAUAAGACAUCUUUAGGCUUGUUGGACGGCACAUUUUUUCAAUUUGACGAGCAAAGCUAGUUGUUCCCCCUUGCUUCCUGUCCUAGCGGUAAGCUAGGCUAAACACGUCCCUGGCCUAUUUCUGAAUAAGUUGCACAGAGAUGAAAUUGAUAUCAAUCCUUGACCCUGGCAAAACAACAGACAAGCAUAUUUCCCCAAAUCUCUAACUGUUCCUUUAAGUGUUUUCCGCACCCAAAUGUGUUAGCUAGCUAGUAACAAUUUUCCUCAUUAACUUGUGUAUUUAGAGGAUUUCAGUCAUGCCUUCUCCUCCCUUCAGUGAGCAAUUCAGCACAUAAAAGUACAUUUUUAAUGAGAUCAUAUUUCCCUUAAUAGAAACUUUACAAUGAGUAAUAAAAGACACAGUGUUUUUCACAUUAUUUAAAAACAUGCAGAGCAUUAGAGCAGCUUCAAUAAUAAAAUAGAAUUAAUAAUGCCAAUUCUUUGCCAUAUCAUGAAAAAGAUAAAGGAAAGAUUAGUCAAAUUUAAUAUUUGAUUUUAUACAUUCUUAUAAAGGACUCAAUGGGUUGUUAAUUGUUUUGCAAUGUUUAGCAAAUGGACGUUGAAUCAUAUCCCCAAGGGGCCACUUAAUAUAUUCACAAUGGAAAUAAAAUAACAAACUUGUAGUCUAAUUAAUUACCAUGGGAAGAGUUAAACAGUGCCAAAAAUUUUCACUGGUCACCUAAAAUCACACAUAGAAACAACUCGGCUGCUGUGAGUUAGCUAUUCACAUUCAAGUAGUUAGAUAUGAUACAUUUAUAGUAAUUGAGAAAUCACCACACUACACAAUGCCCUAAUUAUGUUUUUUAUGUGGAAACACCGGGCAUUGAUCCUGUGCACUAUGCAUGGUAUGGCAGGGUAACAGUGGCUUUAAGACUGUAUUGAAGACAAAUGUACCUGUGUGUCCAUCCCUGCAAGUAUAUUAAGGUAUUAUUUAUAAUACAGUACACUUGGUACUGUAAUGUUACCAUUGAAAGGUGCUGCUAAAUGUCAGCCUAAUAAACAUACAUUACUAGUGACUUAUUUUAAUAGUGUUUUAGUGAUACAAGCUUUUGAAUUAGUCCAUAAUAGUGACAAGUGUAUUCAUUACAUAGCAAAAGUUGUACUUUUACAAGUGUCAUUUACCGUAUGCUAUUUUAGUUUGAGUCUUGAACCUACAAAUCCCGUGAUGGCCGGCAAGACAGGCUGCAGUGUUGUAGAUCAAGCUGAUUCAAAAGUGUGAUCUUGAAUUGGACAAAGAAUAAUAUUUCUGUGACAAGUGAUUUUAACAAACUUUCUCAACACAGUUUCACACUGUACAUAUGAAUUAUUCUGUGCAGGGUAUUGCGUUUUAUUAACGAGCACUCUGAGUUUUUGUCAUGCGAGCAAUAUAAGUAAAAACAGGGCAUCUUACAGCAAUUUACAAAGGCUUUCAACAAUGACUCUGUGUUUUUCAUCCCAUGUUCAAGGUUGUGGACAUAUAGAUUUGUUUUGCUCUCAUUAAGCUGGAUAGACAAAGCCAGUCAUUCCCUGUGGCUGUGAUGGAUGUAAACUGUGGUAAAUGUUAAGGUGACCACUGUGCAAGUGGUCUGUGCGGUGCAAGUAAUGUAACAGUGAAAUGUCAGUAACCUACCCAUUGUACCAAAUACUUAUGUUACUAAAAGAUUUUUUCCUUUUGUCAUGACAUUUUGUUGAAAUUGAGAUCAGGAUGAUGGUGUUCCAAUGUGUCACUGAACUCUACAAUAAACUGCUCUCCAUGAAUCUA